CCUUCCGCUCUUCCCAUGGCGUCUCAGGCUCUAACUGACUACGAGCGUAAGAGGCUCGACAACAUUCGCCGGAACGAUGAAAUGAUGGCCGCCCUCAAGCUCCAAUCCAAGGCCUCUGAACUCUCCGCCGCCUCCAAGCGUCCAAGAGUUGAAACCAAAUCGGAAAAAGUUUAUCCAAAGAGCAAGCCAAAAAACGAGGCUCCCGUAGUCUUACGGCGGUCUUUGCGCGCUAGAGGAAUUCCUCCCGAUGCCAAAAAUGUUGAACAUGAUCUUACUGAACCGGCUACUAAGAUCCGGAAGUCUGUUACCCGGUCGAGGCCUUCGCCUCGUGACGUAGGCCCUCGUGAAAUGGUUGAAGCUUGUAGUGAGAGGGAGUCUCAUCGGUCUCUGAUUGAAUUGAUUCUGAGUAUUUCGAGUAAAUCUCAGUUGCGUAGGUCGAAGAAAGAGGAAUUGGUUGAAGUUGACCAGGGCUAUGUGGAUUCUUCUAAUGCGAUAAAGACUGAAGGCAAGGAAGAUGGAAAUUAUUUGAAGAUGGAGGCUAUUGAUAAUUCUCCGAGUUUAGUUAAGACAGAGAUCGAUGAACUUACUAGUGGGAUUAAAGGGCACGUGAUGGGUUCGAUUAAAAUGGAAAAUAAGAAUGAUGUAAGUCGCUUAGAGUCGAUGUCUCUGAACUCCAAGAACAUAGCUCGGGUUGUGCCGGGGAGAAUAACGGCAGUGUGGUUUUUCCCUUGUCCUCAGUCUAGAAUGAUUGUUGUUGGUAACAAGUUUGGGGAAGUUGGAUUUUGGAAUGCUGGUCAUGAAAAAGAGGAAGGAAAUGGAAUCUAUUUAUAUCACCCGCAUUCAGGUCCCAUUUCUGGGAUUUCAAUUCAACGACAUGCAUUGUCGAAGGUUUAUACCAGUUGCUAUGAUGGAUUUAUACGAUUGAUGGAUGCAGAGAGGGAGAUGUUUGAUAUUCUGUAUCGCAGUGAAUAUACUGUAUAUUCCCUCUCUCAACAAUCAAAUGAUGUAAACUGCUUAUACUUUGCUGAGGGUCGUGGAGGGUUGAAUAUAUGGGAUAAAAGGACUGGGAAUUGCCCAAUGCAAUGGUUGUUGCAUGAAGAUAGGAUCAAUUCCAUAGAUUUUAAUGCAGAAAAUUGCAACAUCAUGGCUACUAGUUCUAGUGACGGAACUGCCUGCAUCUGGGAUUUGAGAAGUAUUAAUGCUGAAAAGCCCAAAACCUUGACGAUGGUCCGCCAUAAAAGGGCGAUUCAUUCUGCUUACUUCUCACCCUCUGGACGCUUCCUUGCAACUACUAGUUUUGACGACAAUGUUGGUAUAUCUGGCGGAGUUAAUUUUGAGGAUACCAUAAUGAUGCCCCAUGAUAAUCAGACUGGCAGAUGGCUUUCUUCGUUCAGAGCAAUAUGGGGUUGGGAUGACUCGCACAUUUUCAUAGGAAAUAUGAAGAGAGCAGUAGAUGUUUUUGCACCCGCACAACGGAGGAGAAUCUUCGCUCUACAGAGCCCCCUCAUGUCUGCAAUACCAUGCAGGUUCGAUGCACACCCUUAUUAUGUUGGAAUGUUAGCAGGAGCCACGAGUGGGGGCCAGGUAUAUAUGUGGACAAUGAGUCAAGAUGUUUAAUUUGCUUGUGCAAUAGAGUUCUUGGGAUGACAAAUUUUGUACGAUGAACUCCAUCCAUCUUUAUUUAGUGCUAACAACCGAAAAAUACUUUCCGGGGUAGAAGAGAUGCUUUAUCUCAUCUCGGAAUCGGAUUUCAUGGGGAUAGUCUGGGAAUGGGUUUUGUGUACUCUGGUACCGUCAUUAUCACCUAUCCUGUAGCCUUUGUUCAUUAGUGAUUGAACUUUGACGGGUGAGUUUUAAGCAGUUUUUUGGCAGUGUCGACAACUGACAUGAUUUGUUA